CCAGCAUCCACACGGUUUAGAUAGAGAUAGGUUUUAUAGAUCUCCUUCGUCCAUUAUUUUCCAAUACCAUGAAGGACUGGUGUUACAAAUUUAUUGCUUACAUCUUAAUCAAGGCCGCUCCUUCGAAUGGGUUCAUUUACAAAUGGACCUUGACGACAGACGUCAGCAGCAGUCUAAUAUUUGGAAAUGUUCAUUUGGGGAAUGCUCGUUUCGAUCAUGAUGGUCUUAUCACUGUAGACAUGAGGGUUGGAACCGGUCGAUUUUCACUUCAGGAAAACGAAAAUGAAGAAAACUUACAUAGCCUACCCUACACGACUCUCAACAAGCCUUACCAACUCUAUACGCCGGUUGGAAAUGAACUUGAAUUCUCUCGAACAGUACUAUACUUGCACAAUCUUGAUCUGAUGACUUGUGGGUGGACAAUCUAUCAUGAUGUGGAGAGGACGUCACUUCAGGAUCACAGAGAUAUAGAAUUGGCAGCAGCGAGACGACAGCGGGUUGGGACGGAACAGCACAUCCAACAAACUAUCUCGGUCGAACCUCCCUCCUCUCAAGCCAUACGCACCCGGCGUAGAACGUCUCGAUUGUCACUCGGGAGAUCGGGCGUUCCAAUCGUUCCUAUGAAUGAUCGUAAAAUUCCAGAAAACUUAGCAGACCAGGAGAUCGUUGUAUGGAAUUAUCGAUUUUCCGAAGACUACGCAGCAAUAAUCGCGGACCACAAUAAGCAAGUCCGACGAGAUGUGGACCACUCGAACGGUGAUAAUAGCGAUUCAGACGAAGAUAAAGAUUUGAGUAGGGGACGCUCUUUCUUGGAACCUGGAAAUAAGGAUCAAGCUGGUUUUCGCAUAGACCUAGAGCGCACAGGCCCUGUCGGCCCAUUUUUCGAGACAUUUAAAUCAUCUUGA